AUGCCAAUAGAAAUUAAAUAUUCACACACCAAGGAAAUUGCACUCACUAAAGAGCAUGAUGACUGGCAAUGGUCAACAGGUGAAGGUAAAAAGUUGGACAUUAAUUAUGGCCAAGAUCAAAAAUUACAAACUAUUCAAAUGACAACAAAAUCGGAAGGAGAUUAUUGGAGAAUUACACAUUAUGAUUUUAUUCAUGAUGAUGGAGAUUUUCUUUAUUUGAAGAGUUUGAAUGCACAAACAAAUCAAAACUUUGAAAUUCAAGUUUCUUUCAAGGCAAAUUAUCAAAAUCUCUAUGAUCAAGCCGGAAUCAUGUUGAGAUCUGGUGAGAAACAUUGGAUGAAAACUGGAAUUGAGUAUGUUCAUGGUACUUCAUAUGCCAGUGCUGUUGUCACAAGAGAAUACAGUGAUUGGUCAACUAAUCCUUUGGAAAAACACAAUACCGAUGAUUAUUUCACAAUCAAGGUACAACUUUUUAAGGGAGAUGUCAGAGUUGACUAUAGCUUAGAUGAAGGAAAGACAUUCCACUUGUUGAGAAUCGCUCACUUAUUUGAUCAGAAUGAGAGUCAUCCUCUCCAAUUGGGAAUCUUUGCUGCCUCACCAACACGUAAGGAAGGUUGUCAAGUAGAAUUUAAGAAUUUAUCCAUUACUGAACUCAUUGUUUAA